CAUACACAUACUGCCCCCCACACACAAUUUCAGAUUAUAGUGUUUCUUUAAAGAUAUACUCCACGCACCAUAACCACUGCAGUUUAAGAAACGUCAUGCAAUCAAUUAUUCAAUUAAUUUAGCAUGAUAUUGAACAAAUCUAAAAAUCUCUCUUUUCAUGAUAAACUCGAGCUAUAGGUUGCAUGAGGACACGGCAGGCUGUCCCUCUGUGUUUGUGUGUAGCCAAGUUGGAUCACCCUCCAAAUAACGCCCAUAAAGCGGUGCCCAUGUGACGUGUGAAGUCUUCUUGCAGAUAUAACUGCACGGUGCAGGUGCAGCUUCCUCAGGAUCCUCCACAGGAUCACGUUACUCCUAAAUCCUCUUCCCAAAACAGAUAGAAUUUCACUGAUCUGCAGUAACCUAUUCCCUCCUCCACCACCCCCGACUUGUAGAGUUCCUCCUUUAAAAACAAAACAACAACAAAAAAAGGUCUCCUCCUCCUCCCCCUGACUUGCCCUCCCCCUUGUCCUGUACCUCCGGCCCCGGGGAGGAGCAUGGCACUUCCACCCUCCCUGGCUCAGGAAGUGAAUGCUCUCUACUCCUCUGUGAGUCCCACGUGUUUUCUUGAUACAUCUUUUGCCAUGGAAUUUGAGGAGCUCGGGAUUGGGGAGGAAUGUGGGGUUUUUGGAUGCAUCGCUUCAGGGAAAUGGCCUACCCAGCUGGAUGUGCCCCAUGUCAUCACCCUGGGGCUAGUGGGACUGCAGCACAGGUAAAUUUAAACCAUCAUGGUAUCUGGAGAUAGAAGAAUGAUUAUUUUCUCAAUCUGCAGCAUGCAGUUUACAUGGGGUGGGGGGUGGAUACUUAGACCUGCAACAGGCAGUCAUGCUGUAUGGUGUCUGAUGUAGCUAAAACAAAACUCAGAUAAUCAAGUCAUAGAAUGUAGAAUACAUCAGCUGCUGCAGCACCUCUUUGAUGUGGUAAGGAGAUAAGGGCUGUUUGUAUUUAAAGCAGAAUGUUAAUAACAAAAUAACUGUUCUGCAGCAGCAAGAUGCUCUGAUACAGGGGUCUUUGUAAUGACGAAGGGGCAUAACUUGACUAAAUACUCACUCAAUAUUGCACUUGUACAAGAUGAGCCACAAAUGUGCUGGUAAGCUUUCUGCUUGUAGAGCAUGCAAUUCGUUGCUUGCAUUUUAUUAUUAUUAUAUAUUUAUUUUUAUUUAUUUUUUUAGCAUUUUUACUUAGUAGCAGAAAAAAUGGGAAUUAUUCAAUAGAGCAACUCAAUAAUUGCAAUUUGCUUAAAACAGGCUCUUAUCAGCAGUCUUGAAUAUAGGAUGUAAAUGGUUAAUGUUGCAUAAUUUUUUUUGAAUCCAUGUGGAAAUAGUUUAAAAGUGGAACAGUCACCAUGGGAACUUGCAUAAUAUCCCUGAAGAUAGCGACCAUGUUUUCUUGUUAUACAAGUGUCUAAGACAUCUCACUUCACAUGCUAUUAUGUAUAAGUGAAGACUGCUUGGAAAUAUGGACUAUCAUUUUUUUUUUUUUAAUUUGUGUUUUUGUCUUUUAUAAACAUUUGUGAUUGCUGCAGGUUUCUAGGCUCAGACUGGUUAAUAGUAUUUGUUUAUCAGCCCCCACCUGAUGUUCUCUUCCUAAACUUCACCACUUGUUGAGCUGAAACAUGACUCCACAAUGGGUCCCAAACCAGUCCUCGUGACCCAGUAACUAUCCACGUUUGGUCACUAUCUCCAUUGAAAUAGAAAAGGGAAAUACAAAAACCCUGGCCUAUCGCUCGUACACGGGAAAGGGUUUGGGGACCACUACAUGGAAACCACACGUUGUGGAAGUAGAAUCCUUGUCCUCCUUCUGGUGUAUAUAGUUUAAUUUCUAUGCAUUUUAUAAAAAUAGAGGAUGAAAAGUCUUUGUGAUGAACACUGGACUUUUUAAUCUAAAUUCAGAAACUGGCAUCCCCUUUGAGAACCAAAAGGACGUAUUUGAAGGUUGGGAUAAUGUAGACAAUAUUGUACAUCCCUGCAAUACCUUAAAACGUAUACAGUGUAUUAACACUCCAUCAAUUAAAUUUGCCUUAAAGGGACUCACCAGGGUGCUUUUUUCUAUUCUUUAAAAUGCAUAGCUACAAGUAGUGAAAACCAAAAACAAAAUUAACAUGACUGAGCCAAUAGUGGCAACCAUGCAUAUGUCUAAGUGACUAAUGCUAAUUUGAGUGGAGGAGCAAUAGGCUUUGUAAGUGAUAAACCUAAGGAAUAAAACAAAAGUAGGUCAAACUUGGUUAUUUACUAAAGUGUUAAUUACGAGAGGUUUGUGUCGUCCAUGCUGAACUAGAGUGAAUUAAAAUUUAAAUUGCAAACUUUAGGCUGAAUUGGUUGAUAUUGGGAAAAUUCUGUACUGCUAUAGCCAAUAGCUUGGUUAUUGAAUCCUGGAUUUUAUUUUGGAACAGUUUGAAUUUAGUGAAUAACCGUGAAUGGGAGUUUAAAGUGAACUCCAAAGUAGGUUUGGGAAAUUCACAACAGUUUACACUUGUUUAGUGAAUAACCCUGUUUAACGUGGGAGAAAAAAAAAAUGUCUAUUUGAAAAAUGUUUAGCAUGCAAAAAUCUUGGAAUACUUGUAACCCGGAUUAUUAUACCAGAAUUAUACCAGAAUUUUUAUUUUGCAUACAGUAACUAUGGAGCCUCAAAUGUCCCUUUAAAAAUGAAGGCACACAGUAGUCAUUGUAUUUGGAAUGACUUGGUUUUAUUGGGGAGCUGUCUAGACUUGGCCUGGUAGCCAUGCGGUGUAAGAGCAUACAUUUUCUGGCAGUGUGACUUUCUUGUGUAAGUAAAGGAUUUGGAAUACACUGUAUAGGUGACAAUCACAUAGAACAUUGCAACUGAUGGGUCAACCAGUGGGGGGAAUGUUCCUAAUCUCCUGUGGAGUAUCCUAUGGUAUUGUAUAUUUCUCCUUGUUUACCCAAACCAUGUUUUGCAUGUCUCCAUGUUGUAUCAGUGAGCUGACACCAGCACUGGCAAUUUGGGAUGCAAUGGGGUUGGAAUGAAAUGGCUGCUGAAAGAUGACCUCUCGGCCUGUCUCUCUCCUAAACAGGGGUCAAGUGGCAAGGCAGCAAAGUACUCUAAGACCUUCAAAGGUUUAUUGAGCCAAGGUUUUGGACCCUUUUAUAUUGUUUGUGUUUUUUUUUUUGUUCUUUUUUUCUUUAGCCUUUUUGUUAUUCUGUAAAUUAGUUAAUUAUGGAAGCAUAUCUUUAAUUAUUUUAAGGAGAGAACAUUUUAAGCAACUUGGUUAAAAACCUAAUGUAAUUCCAGCAGCAUCUGUGCUAACUGUUAGAAUUAUCCACCCAAGUUACAAUCUAUUUUUAACCUUUGAUGUGUUUUCAAUAUUUACAGAGGACAGGAGAGUGCUGGUAUUGUGACCAGCGAUGGGGAACCUGAACCAACGUAUAAAACCCACAAGGUAAGAAAAAUCUUCUGUGAUUCUUGUCCACAAUAUGUUUGGUUUGACUUCUAGAAAACAAUAAAAACCAUGACACAUUAUUGUGUACAAUUUUGGAUACAAUUUAAUAGGUUUUUUUUGUUGUUGUUUUUUUAAAUAAUUUUUUUUUUUUUAUUUAUUAAUAAUGCAUUCUUUAUACAGCGGGUCGUAAAAUACAUCCUAAAGUGUUCAAUCCUCAUACUUUCCCUCCCCAUACAUGGAGCUGGCUUUAGCUAAAAAAAAAAACUGGGGGCAUCUUACAGACCAUUCUGCAUCAUCUUGGUGUAUAGUAGUCUACACAUUGUUGUGGAUUCGUAAUUGCACACCAUUAAAAUGUUAACAAAAGUUUGCUACAAAAUCUGAAACUUGGCCAAAGUUUGGAUAUUGUGGGGGAAUGUGAUUUUAAAAUAUGUCCAUCCAAAGAUAUUUUUGUAAAAAAAAAAAAAAAUUUUUUAUUGCACAAUAAUUAGUUGACAUAUUUUGAACCAAACCAGCAUUGACACCAUUUUUAUGCAUUAGGUUCUCUGGGUAACUGAUAGGACAGAAGCUUGUAAAAAUGAUUGACAGCAUCUGCAAAUGCAUUCAGACCAGAAUAACCAUGUCCUAAAUAGUUUAAAUAUUUAAAGUGCCACUAAAAUACAAAUUGGCCCACAUAUGUGGGUUAUGUGAAAGUCAUGGAACUGGAACUACUUUGCACCUUGACAGGAGGUACAUUUAUUCUCACUCAUUCAUUGAACAGCAAGUUUAAAGUUCACAGAAUGUAAGUUAUUUUUUAUUUAUUUGUUUAUUUUUUUCAAGCCUAAGGCAAAAAAUAAUGUAGGUUUUAACAGAGUAUAUGAUCAUAUAUUGCAUAAGCCUGCCACAGGUUGCUAGGAUGGCACCUGUCAAAAACUGGGUACAUUGGCAUUGUGGUAGGCUUAAUUUAUAAAGGGGAAAAAAAAGAGCGAGAAACUAUUUAUUUAAAUUCUGUGAGCUUUGCUGUUACAUGAACGAGGAGUUCACUGGUUCUUAUAUGUUCUAUAUUGCUGCACAAGGACAACUGCUUCUGCCUAACUAUAAUGCUUAGUAUCCAACCACUGUCCAUUCUAACCCAUUUUUAUUCUGUAUGAUUUUUAUUUUUUCUCUCUCCAAGGGUAUGGGUCUUGUCAAUCACGUGUUCUCAGAAGAGAGUUUGAAGAAGUUGAAUUUAAGUAACUUGGGCAUUGGGCACACAAGGUAUUCAACAACAGGGAAUUCUGCCCUGGAAAACUGUCAGCCCUUUGUGGUAGAAACUCUGCAUGGAAGGAUUGCUGUGGCACAUAAUGGAGAAUUGGUAAAUGCAGCAAAACUCAGACGCAAGGUAAACUACUUUUUAAUAUAACAUUGAUUGGUCCUGAACACAGCCUUUUUUUUUUCCCUCUAGCAAUUUCAUUAUUUACUCUCCAACGCUUUAUUUGGCGUUCUAGAACACAUGUCCUGAAAAGGAGAAGGAAAAAAAGUUGACAGUAUAGAGAAUACAGGUUUACUUGGCCCCCCCAGAUGUUACUGUAUUACAGCUCCCAUGAUUCUCUGGUGAUUUCUUUCAAAAAUUCAUGGGGGUUUAGUUCAGCAACAUGUGGAGGACCAGUUUGGAGACCCCUGAUCUACAUCCAUGACAAAGCAGUAGCUGUAAGAGAAAUUGGCUGACAAACAGCCUCUUCUAAUGGACUGUGGUGUGCCCUGCUGUUUGCAACACAAGCUCUUGCCCAAUCAGAUGUCGGGCUGCAGAUAUCAAUGGAAAGUGGGGACACGUAUAAAUGGGUUGUAAUCAGCAAUGUAAUAUUUAUAUUGCUAGUGAUUAGAUCACUUAUUCUGAAUAUAUUACUUUUAGAAAUCUUCCCCUGAUGUGUCAGCAUCACUCAAGUGACACCUUAAAUGCUUAUGAAAUAAAGAAACCUUACUCUAAAAAGAUCAGUAUUCUAUAAAACUCUGAAAUUUUAAAUGGCAGUUGGAUAUUUUUAUUUUUAUUUUUUUAGUACAUACUAGAGCAGGAGUAGGCAUCCUUUGGCACUCCAGAUGUUGUAGACUAAAUCUCCCAUAAUGCUCUUGGUCAUAAUGCUGGUAAAGCAUCAAUGGAGAUAGAGUCCACACCAUUGGGAGUGACAAAGGAUGCCUAUCCAGUCACAAGAACACUGUGUUGUGAUUUCUAUGUAGGCAGACCCGCACCUAUAAAUAACUGUCUAAAGAGUAUUACGUCUUUAAAAGAAACGAGUGUAAUACAUUUACAGAUUAUAUUAAUCUUGAAAUUGAAUGUUGCUUCUGCCAACACCAUCUGCAGCUCGCCACAUAUAAAAUAUUGACUUCUUUUGUGGACCUUGAAACCUUGUUAAAAUAUUUUUCAGUUUUGAGAACAUUAUACACAUUAGAGCUUAUCCAGCUCAGUGAUAAGAGUCAGUCAAGCUGCAAAUAUUCUCCGUGAGACUGAAAUACAUCUGGGUUGUGGGAGGUAAAGAUACACAAUAUACUUUAUGUGAAACAUCAUUGGGCUCAGCCGUUCUUGUAUUCUUUGUAAUCUAGACUUGUGGUUUUUCAACCAGUGUACCACAAACACAUUGUCCUUAAAGUGUAUGUGUGGUUUUUAUUUUUUUAUUUAUGAAGUGGCAGCAUUUUAAUUUAGGUCCAUUUCCAACUAUAUGGGACAUUUUCUCACCUAUGUCUAAGUAAAGAAUACCGUAUAUACUCGAGUAUAAGCCGACCCGAAUAUAAGCCGAGGCCCCUAAUUUUACCCCAAAAAACUGGGAAAACUUAUUGACUCGAGUAUAAGACUAGGGUGGGAAAUGCAGCAGCUACUGGUAAAUUUCUAAAUAAAAUUAGAUCCUAAAAAAAUUAUAUUACUUGAAUAUUUAUUUGCAGUGUGUGUAUGUAUGAGUGCCGUGUGUGUGUGAGUAUGAAUGCAGUGUGUGUGUGUGAUGCAGUGUGUAUGUGUUUGUGUUGCAGAGCCUUGGUGGGGGGUGGGCAUUUUUAUAAAAAAAAUUAUUAUUAAAAAAUUUUUUAAUUUUUUUUCAUUAUUAUUUUUAUUAUUAUUUAUAUAUUAUUACUUUAUUUAUUUUUCGUCCCCCCUCCCUGCUUGAUACAUGGCAGGGAGGGGGGCUCUCCUUCCCUGGUGGUCCAGUGGCAUUGGCAGUUCAGUGGGGGGAGGGGGGGACUGGCAGAGCUGUUACUUACCUCUCCUGCAGCUCCUGUCAGCUCUCUCCUCCUCCGCGCCGGUCCGUGCAGCUCUUCUGUCAGCUCACACUGUAAGUCUCGCGAGAGCCGCACUAUGACCCCGCGGCUAUCGCGAGACUUACACUGGGAGCUGAGAGAAGAGCUGCACGGACCGGCGCGGAGGAGGAGGGAGCUGACAGGAGCUGCAGGAGAGGUAAGUAACAGCUCUGACAACCCCCAGUCUGUAUUAUGGCAAUGUAAGUUGCCAUAAUACAGACUGACUCGAGUAUAAGCCGAGUUGGGGUUUUUCAGCACAAAAAAUGUGCUGAAAAACUAGGCUUAUACUCGAGUAUAUACGGUAAUUGGAUUUGAUUUUAACACUUUUCUUUUUCUUUCUGAUUUGUGCUAUUUUGCCACUACAUAGCGAUAAUAAUUUAACCAGUUGUAAAACACCUAUGUGAUUUACACUGGCUUUCAUUGUUAUGCAUAGUUACCCUCUAGUAGAAAGCUAACCUGCUCUGCUGAGUGUGGUUGAUUCAAUAAUGACUACAGGAAGUGUACUCUGUAGCUGAAGGAUACUGGUCCUAUAGAACUUUAUUUUUUUUUAUUUUUUUUUUUUUUUUAAAUAUAUAUAUAUAUAUCUCUAUCUCUAUCUCAUUAACAUGUUAGUUGGCUCAAACCUGGAUUGCCCUUUUUAAUACUCUCAGGGUUAAACACACUCAUUGUGUUCAGUGUUUUUUGUGCUUUAAGAACACGUUGUUACAUUCUGCUCUAGAAAUUACCCAGAGAAAGGAAAUGCUGUGUUAACUUGUUAUCACUCUUAUGUAAUCUAUCUAACCAAAGCAUGUGCUCUCUCUGGCACCUGGUAGUGACUCUUAUUAUGAAUGGUACCCUCAGGCACAAUGUGACUCGCAUAAGACCUAAUUCAUUGAGCGUGAUAGUAGUUAUGCUUUAUGAUAUAGUAAGCCUGACAGACACAGGAUCCAUAUGUCUCUAAUCCACAUGUUGUUCAUUAGUAAUAAGCACUUAUCAGGACAAUCUUACCCAGACCAUCUUUUUAUGAUUUCUCAGUAUAACCCCUAUUUAAUACAUUCAUGUGUCCAUUUAAUGGAUCAAAAAAAGACAUAUCUACAUAUUUUGUGGAUUAGAGCCUUUUUAAAAAGUGUGAUUUUUUUUUUUUACCAAUCAUAUCCUGAAGAGAGAACCGUAAAACAGGCCUAUUUUCUAUUUGGACUCUCUCUGGAGUAAAGUGAUUUUGUAUUUCGGUACCAGGAAAACCUCUAAAUAAAACAGAAGUACAACAAAAAAUAGUGUAAUCGUGGAACCACCAAGGCUUUAUACCACCAGAGCACGUUUAUUGCUCUCCAAAGUGUAAGUAGGAUACUCUGCUUUUUUGCACCUUAUGUAUUUUAACAUAUUGCACUAUUGUAAAGCGCUACGGCAUCUGUUGGCUCUAUAUAAAUGGCAAUAAUAAUAAUAAUUAGACACUGCUUGCUUUAUUUUAUAUGCUGGAGUCGUACUGGACACACAAAAUCUUGGAUCUACAUAAAUCCCAAGACGGGGAUUGUACCGUCAAAGCGCUAAACAGCAGAACUCUAAGUAGCUCAUAAAAGUAUGAGUGAGACACCGAUAUACUUAACUGUCUGUAAAACCAUUUAAGACAUAUUACACUAUUUUUUUCUUGUAUUUGUUUUAUUUUGAGGUUUUCCUUGUACCGAAAUGCAAAAUCACUUAACUCGAGAGAGCGUACUUAUAUACAUUAUAUAUUACGCAUUAUUGGGUUAUUGUUAAGAGUGGGUAUACCUGUGUGUGUGUGUGGAUUUUUUUUUUUUUCUGUCUGGUGCGGUUUAUCACCUGUUGUUCUGUCACAUUUCUAUAGCGCCAUGUAUGUUUGGACAUUUUUGGGUUGAUUACUGCUAUUGCUUAGCUACUGUGUCUCCUAAGAAUCAUAUGUAUAAUUUCCUUGAAAGUUCACUGACCAUAGUCCUUCCACAAAACAUACAUGUCAUUGUGGUAACAUCAUUUUAUUAUAUUAACUAUAGUGUUGUGCCUGGCAGGAAUCUGGCGCAUUUGAAGUGAAGUUUCUUCCAAUGACGAAUUUUAAUGUCUUUAUUGACAGUUGAUGCGACAUGGAGUGGGUCUGUCGACAAGUUCGGAUAGUGAGCUAAUUACACAGCUUCUGGCUUUUACACCUCCUUUGGAAGAGGAUCACACCCCUGAUUGGGUAGCACGGUAAGAGCUAAAAAAAUAAUAAAAAGGAUCAGUUUUAAUGCCGAGACAUUGUUUCAAAAAGCCACCAGUGUGAGUCCACAGAAUCUGUACACAUAGAAUGAGGGGAUUAGCAGCUCCUAUGUAGUUAACAAGACAUCAUGUGAGAACUGAUGUGGGGGGUGUUUUGUUUUUAUUGAUGGGGGGGCAGCUCUGAUUAGUUUAUGGAGCAAGCCUAACAUUUCACAAGAUAAGGGUCUGACCUUUAUUCAUUGUGAAAUUGGCUGGUCAUGUGAGUUAGUGCUGUUCCAUUAUAUUCAUUAUGUCUUUACUUAUUUAGACUCUGGUAGAAUGUUAUUCAACUGGUAAAUUACAUUUUGUUUGCAUGGUUUAAUACUGGAAUUUUUUUAAAAUUUUUUUUUUUUUUUUUUCACCAGCAUAAAAAACUUAAUGAAUGAAACUCCUACAUCCUACUCAUUCCUGGUCAUGCACAAUGAUGUCAUAUAUGCGGUACGCGACCCUUAUGGGAACAGACCACUCUGUAUUGGACGUCUUCUACCUGUGACCGCUGAAGACAAGGGACUCCCAGGUAGUUCUAUAGAUAGUGUGCAACAGAACUUUAAACACACUUUUUUUUUUUUUUUAAAGGCUGAGAGCACUGAUAUUUCGAAUCUCUCAAGAAGAGAGGGAGUCUGAUCAUGAAUGCGAUUCAUGCAGAGCAGGCUACAGUGCUAGGCAUCUCUCUCUUGCUCCUGUACAUUGAUGCUCUGUUUCGGUCAUCAGUGGACUAGUUUAAAACUGAAAUGGGUCUUUGAGAGGGUGGCUGAAGAAACAUCCAAAGCUGAGAGGCGGACCCAAUAAUGCAAUCUGACCAUGUUUAGUAUAUACUUUUCAAAGUUUUAAGGUUUUGCUUUAUUUUGAUUUUGUAUUUUUGAAAAAAAUGUUUGCUUGUUGGUUUAAAAAAUUGUCAUAUGAUGUGUGUCCCUUUUUAAUGUGUGCAUCUUUUUAUUUAGGAGUCCACCUUGGGUUUUUUUUUUUUGUUUUUUUUUAAGUUGGACUAUUUUAAUGUAUGUAUUUUUAAAUACACAACCAAUCUGCACAGAUUUAUUUUCCUUUUAGUGUUUACAUUAAUAGAAUUUAGAUAUUAAGUGACCUCAUUGUUGUGACCAAUGCGUUCAUGUUGAAACUCUGUCUUCUCUAUUACACUUCACCAAACAUUUGCCUCUCCAGUUCUAAACCGAAUCAAAAUGACACUUGGCAGAAAUACAGUGCAGUCCAUAAGUAUUUGGACAAAGUGAAAAGCGACAUUUUGGCUCUGUGUUCCAGUGCACUGGACUAGAGAUGAAAUUCAUACUUCCUUUAUUUUAUAUUCUUUGUGUUUUGAGUUCAUUUACAUAUUUCUAUAAAUUAUGAAGGGAUUGCAGCUCUUCAUGUAGUGCCCUUAUUUUUAUACAUCUUAGUACUGUUUUGGGAUCAGAUACUGAAUUUUUAAGCUUGGAAUAUUAAAAUAUCCUACGUGCUUGCAUUUUUAUUUUUGUUAUGCCUGGAAUUAAAUGAUCUUAAAAGAACAAAACAAAAAAUAACACAAACUUGGCCUUUCAAUAUGUUUUUCGAAGUAUGUAGAACAGUUACAGUUGGUUUCCCCAAAACGUGUUGCAUAAACUAUCUUGUAUUGAAGUACUGUGCCUGGUAGCAUUUCAUUUUGUUUGGCAUGACCGCUUUCUGAUGUGUCUCCCUACUUCCCUUCACAUAAUCUAAUCUUCUCAAUGUAACAAAGUCUGUGUAACCUUGUAAAGCAAUUUGUUUGUGAAACACACAAUUACUUGUGACCCUGAGGCAUUUAUGGUGGAGUCUGUCUGUAGCAGCAAUUGACAACUAGCUGAACUUUAUUCCCAUACAAUAACUUGUAAUUUCUCCAAUCUUUGCUUUUAAUACCAACAAAACUAACUGUAGUUUAUGCGAUAUAAAGGCAGUUAUUGUUCUGUGGCACUAACUUUGUAUUUAUUUACGAGCCGUUAUGACUAUACAGUUUAAUAUGUUUUGUUAGUGAAUUUAUAGUGCAUUCAAAAUGGCAUUCCGUAGUCCUAUUUCGUCUCUAAAGUCCUACACGCUCUCAGUACAUUAUGAGGCAGGCUGUGGUUGUUUGAUCAAUCCUUCACAUAAACAUUGUAGCAGACAUUUUGUAAAUGUGAGGACAUAUUCCUUUUCUUAUUGUUUUGUUGUCACCUCUCCAUCAGUCAUUUCUUGGAAAUUGCAUUGUGCAUUUCAUUAUAUAUAAUGUAGAGGUUAAAGGCUUAUUUUUCUUACAGUAAAGAACCGUACAGAGACAGAGGGCUGGGUCGUCUCCUCUGAAUCCUGUAGCUUUUUAUCCAUUGGUGCAGAGUAAGUGCAAAGACUUCUUCUAAUUUUUACUCCGGGGUUUGGUUUGGCAGAGUCUAACUUGGCCAUUUUUUAUUUUCCCAGGUACCAUCGGGAAAUUCUCCCAGGAGAAAUAGUUCAAAUUUCUAGACAUGGAGUAAAGACUCUGGAUAUCGUGCCAAGACCAGAAGCAAGACAACCAUCUGCUUUUUGUAUUUUUGAAUAUGUCUAUUUUGCACGGCCUGAUUCCAUUUUUGAAGGUAUGUUUUAAAAAAAUUAAAAAAAAAAGGCUUGGUCACCUUGUAAGCUUGCUUAUCAAUUGUUCUUGACUUAUUCCACAAGUAGGGAAUCAAAAGCAAAUAAUUACAAAUCUCUAUCUAAACAACCACAUUAGAAUUCUAGCUUUUCAAACUUUUAGCCAAAAUUAUGUUUAAGUUUAGUUUUCUCUUAGGUACAUAAUUGCCACAGUUUGCUAGUGCAAAAAAAUGUGACUACUUAUAUUGAAAUCAGUGAUUUAUACCAGGGCUCAGAAUUUUAACUCGCCACAAGCCGUUGGCAAGUAAACCUUUAGCUACAACGAGAAGAAAUGCACCCCUGGUGAUUGUAUCAUGUACUCUUGCAGUGGCCUGGCUAAUGGAUUAGGAUUUAAAAUGUUAACCCCAGAUUUAUAUUUUUAUUUGGGGGCCCUUCAGAAUAUUUUAGAAGCCACCUUCAAACACCACACACUUCAAUAACUAAACAUAAAUUCUUACCUGCCCUCUCUUCUUUACCCUAUUAAUAUGUGAUUCACUCUUAACAGGACAAAUGGUUUAUUCGGUGAGACGGAGAUGUGGCCAGCAGCUGGCAUUAGAAGCUCCCGUAGAAGCUGAUAUGGUUAGCACAGUGCCAGAAUCUGCCACACCAGCAGCUUUGGGCUAUGCUGAGAAGGUAUCUAACUUCAUCUUCUUAAAGUAAAUUUGUUUAAUCAACUAAGCCUUAUCUCUCUAUUCCUGAUUUUGUAACCAUAAACUUUUCCUUUUAACUAUUGCAGUGUGGCAUUCAGUAUGUGGAAGUAUUAUGCAAAAAUCGUUACAUAGGACGGACCUUUAUCCAACCAAACAUGCGGUUACGGCAGCUUGGAGUGGCCAAAAAGUUUGGCGUUCUUUCAGACAAUUUUGUUGGCAAAAGAAUUAUACUGAUUGAUGACUCAAUUGUGCGAGGAAACACCAUCUCUCCCAUCAUAAAGUUGUUAAAGGAUUCUGGUGCAAAAGAGGUAAAGAGAUCUAAAUCUCUAUGACUUUUAGACUUCUCUCAAUAUUUUAAUCUAAUCUAUAAAAGGUGUUGUGUUUUUUUGUUUUGUUUUUUUUAAUUUCAUUUCAUAUCCAAAACUGACUACUACUACUUCUUUUGAGUUGCUUGUGGAGUUUUUAUAAACAUAAACGACAUCCUUUUUAUUAUUUUUUUAAAACCAAAAACCAGCAUUUCUGUAUUUAAUUAAAUUUCCUACUUUUCAGGUACACAUAAGAGUGGCUUCUCCUCCUAUCAAGUACCCCUGUUACAUGGGAAUUAAUAUUCCCACCAAAGAAGAACUCAUUGCAAACAGGCCCGAGUUUGAAGACUUGGCAGGUUAUAUUGGUAAGUCGUUUGUAAAGGAAUAUCAGGGUCAUACAUGUUUGUCUUUGGAUUCAGUUCAAAAUAACCAAACUAAUAAAUAUAUUGGUUACCUCUGCUUUUAGUUUGGCUACUAGAGUCGUAUAUUUUGCAGUAGAUAACUCUUCUUUUGUUUAGUUAAUGAAUGUCCAAUUGGUCACAACAUCAAAUAAUCAUCUUUCGGAUGUCCCAGUUAAUGCUCUUGCCUUUUGACGUAGAGCAGCUGACAAUGUACGGUAUAUUUCUCAGUGUGGGGGCUUAACUAAAGUAGUAAAGUGUCUGCGUGAUGGGAGGCUAUUUUUACUACCCUUCCAUAACGUAGGUCUUUGACUACCAUAUUAAUUGAAUUACAUGUUCAUGCUACCGCUAUAUUGGGACUUCCAGCAUCAAUCAUGAGAUCUAUUAGCAUAAUUGUUUCAAGUUUUUUCCUGGAUUUUUACUUAACAUCUCUUGGAGCAGUAAAUGGUCAGAUUUGUCUUUGGGAUUCUAUAACCAUUCAUUCUGUCUUCUUGGUAGACACUACAAUCAAAGACUCCUUAGACAAAAGCAUGCUAAAAUACCAUGAAUUGUGCCUUUUAUGGUAAAGGAAACAAAUUGUAAUGGUGGUCAGUUUUAUAAGUUAAACCAAUUGGUUCCGCAUUAUCAGUGUGCCGUUUAACCGAUAUCCAGACUUCCUGUGUCCUUUUGAAAUGUCAGCAGAUUUAAGAAACAAACGAUGUGUCUAUUAAACAUUUUACAUAUUUUCUUUCAAGGUGCAAACAGUGUUGUAUAUCUUUCGGUUGAUGGCCUAACAUCAGCAGUCCGUGCCGGUAUCAAAGACUUCAAGGAACAGAAUGGUUUAAAUGGCAAAACCAUACCUGCAUCAUCCAUUGGCCACUGUACGGCAUGUCUUACAGGAGAGUAUCCUGUAGAACUGGAAUGGUGAAAUGUCCAAUUUCCAUCCUUGGGGUGGAACUCCAUGUAACUGUGCUGAAUCUGGUGAAAUGUGAUGGACAACUAUUUUUUUUUUCCCCCUAACGGAUGUACAACAGACUCCCAGUACCUUGAUGCCUCUACAAGCAAUUACUUUGUGCUGAAGCACCGUUAAUUGCAGAAACAAGAAACUAAUUCCUGUGAGCUGUGGAUCUUGACUGUUGAUGCUCUGGAGGUUUUCACAUGUGCAUUUCUUUUUGACUCUCAGAUGAAGUACAAAAGUAAAUUGUCUUUUAUUGCAACAUCAGAAGGAUGGUCAAUAAAUCCUGUUAUAUUUUUACUGUAUGACUAAUCAAAAUCUUAUUGUCAUCACAUGCAGUGUGAUAAUUAUAAGUUUUAUUGUAGAGAUAUCGCAAGUCUUGUUGGAUGGCUUCUCUAGUGAUGUUGCCAUCUUAAUUCUAUACAAUUAUUUUAUUAAAUACAUAAUUGUACGGUUACUCGACUUGUUUGUAAAAAGACAAGUGAUACUGAAUACUACACAUUCAUCAGAUUUAGCCAAGUGCCUUACUUUUAAACCAGUGGCUCCCAAUGGCUCCUUGUAGCCCAUCAACAAUCCAGGAAUUCUGCAUUUCCAUAAAGAUACUGACAAAACUAUAAUUGUUGCUGGGGUGUGAGUGCUGGCUUGGGAACCACUGCUUUAAACUAAUAUACAUGGCAACAUAACUACAAAAAGUAGAAUUUUGUUAUAACAAACCUUAUCAUAAAUUGUAGUAUUGCGCUGGGCCCCCAAGCCAUUUUAAUUUGAUAAUUAAAUAAAUUUAAAGGCAAGAUGGUAAAGAAAUUUUGAUAUUUUUGAUCUGUUUCAAAGGUUGCACUACACGCACUGGGUAUGACCUGCUUAAUAAAGCAGCUUUCAUGUA